UUGUUUGCCUCGAAAGAACAUGUGGCAGAGCCUACAAAAUCGGUUCGAAUCUUGUCGAAAUAAGAUUGCCGAUGAAGCCGAAGAAAGUAGAAAUCAAUCCGGAUCCUCUAGAUAUUCCAAAAAUGCAGGAAAACAAUGGAGAGGACCCUGGUACUUGGCAAGUGGCUUCCUCCUCUUCUGGGUCCUGAUUUUCUUUGCAAUUGUGGUGCCACUUUUCUACCGUCUUCCGAAUGGUUUGACCAUCGAGGAUGCCCACAAGGGGGUCUUUAUUGCCCAGCGGGCCCAGAAAGAUCUCUGGAAUCUGGACAAGAUCGGACCCAAAGUAGUAGGAAGCGAUGCCAAUGAGAACCAAACUGUUGGUUACCUGCUGAGUGUGGUGGAAGAGAUUCUGGACAACGCCCUGGACGAUUACUUUGAUAUUGAAGUCGACUUACAAGAAGUUUCUGGAUCGUACAUCCAUAGGACAAUGAUCAACAUGUACCAAGGAGUUCAGAAUAUAGCCAUUAGGUUGACCCCGAAGAACUCUACAAGUAAUACUACCAUCUUGAUCAAUGGCCACUUUGAUUCUAAGCCAACAAGUCCAUCUGCUGGAGACGAUGGACAAAUGGUUGUGGUUAUCCUGGAGGUCCUGCGGGUGAUGUCCUCAACCAGACAGACUUUCCGGCAUCCAAUUAUAUUUCUUUUAAACGGCGCCGAAGAGAAUCCUCUGGAGGCCUCACAUGGAUUUAUUACCCAGCACCCGUGGGCCAAGGACUGCAAAGUUCUCAUUAAUUUGGAUUCAUCCGGUGGUGGCGGUCGGGAGAUUCUCUUUCAAAGUGGUCCCAAUCAUCCAUGGCUAGUAAAGUAUUAUAAGGAUAAUGCUAAACAUUAUUUUGCCACCACCAUGGCGGAAGAAAUCUUCCAAACAGGCAUCCUGCCUUCCGAUACCGAUUUUCAUAUAUUUGUUACCCACGGAAAUCUAAUUGGUCUGGAUAUUGCUCAGUGCAUCAAUGGUUAUACUUACCAUACAAAAUAUGAUCGCUUUUCAAAUAUUCCUCGUGGCUCUACCCAAAAUACAGGCGAAAACGUACUGGCUCUGGUAAGAGCCCUCGUUAAUGCCACUGAGUUGAACGACCUUUCGGCCCAUGCAUCAGGACAUGCUGUCUUUUUUGAUUUUCUAGGAAUUUCUUUCAUAAGCUAUAACGAGAGCACAGGCGUUAUCCUCAACUGUUGCGUAGCCUUGAUAACCCUUAUCCUGAUUUUUAUAUCCAUUUGGCGUAUUGCAUCUGUUAACUAUAUGUCCACUGGUUAUGUUGCGAAACGGUUUUUCCUGAUCCUGGUACUACAAAUUGUAGCAGUUGUCCUGGGUUUUGGCUUUCCUCUGAUAGUAGCUUAUGUUUUGGACAAAUAUGGACUUCCGAUGACUUAUUUUAGCACUCCGCUUUUGAUGAUUGGCCUUUAUGUGUGUCCAAGUCUCCUGGGAUUGAGUUUGCCAUCAUACAUCUAUCUCCGACUCCAGAAGACAGACAAAAUUUCUUAUGCCCAACAAAUACAAUUGGUUCUUCAUGGACAUGCCGCUGUUCUGGUGCUCCUAACAGUUGCAAUGACCUCGUGUGAUCUGAGAAGCACCUAUGUGGUAACCUGGACCCUAAUCUUUUAUGUGAUUCCUUUAAUCCUAAAUCUGCUAACUACUCUCCACGAUCGUGCGUUCGCUUGGGCUGGAUUGCAUAAGAUUUUUCAAAUUAUCCCCUUUGCCUACAAUAGCUAUUUGAUAUUCUGCUUUUUGGUGAUUCUCACACCCAUGAUGGGUCGUUUCGGCAGGUCAAUUAAUCCCGAUUUGAUUAUUUCUGCACUGAACUCCUUGGGCACAAUUAUGGCAUUAGGUUUCUUGAUUCCCUUAAUAAAUAUGUUCCGCAGACCUGGCCUUAUUUUAAUAGCUAUUUUGGCAGUAAGCGGAGUCACUAUUUAUACGGCUACCUCCACACUAAUUGGUUUUCCGUAUCGUCCAGUGACCAAUGUACAACGAGUGCCUUUCCUGCAUGUUCGUAGAACCUUCUACGAGUACGACGGCUCAGUGAGCAAGGACGACUCGGGUUAUUUGUUCAACUUUCAGGAUCGUCGCGGACCCAACCCCCUGAAGAACACCGAGAUGAAUAUGACGGGACUGGUCUAUGUCGCUUCCGACUGUGACAAGUAUUUGAUGUGCGGCUAUCCCAUGUACGAUCACCGUUGGGUUAAGAAUCGCCUUAACGCCCUAUACCUGCCCCGAUCGGAGCCAGUUGUGGUUCCCUACGAUGUCAAACUGGAGCUACUGAACAGGACUAUUCUGGAGAACAAUGUUACGGUGCGGUUCGAAUUCCGGGCCAACUGCACGGACCACUGCAGUGUGUUCAUACAACACAAUAAAGAUGUGAACAUUUCCAAAUGGUCCUUCGAGCACACUUACAUCGGCACCCAAGCUACGUACCAUAUAUACUUUACUUAUGGCAAGGACAAUUCCCCACUGACCUUUUUCAUAGAGUUUUCGAAAUCCAAUGGAGACUUUAAUGUUCCAAUUUUUCACAUUGGUCUAGCCGUACAUUUCAUUGGAAAGCCAGUCGAUGAGACCAGUCAAAAGUUUAUAGACUCGCUGCCUUCCUAUGCUGCGCCAGUGGAUUGGCCAACCUCCUAUCAAGUUUAUAAUUAUUAAGAGAAU